GCAGCGGCGAUCCCCCUCCUAAAUCGACACCGCUUUCUCUUUUUCCCGCUUUCCCCUUUUCUUCCCCAAAGCAUCUUGACACCGUUUGCUUUUGUCGGUUUAUUUGAUUUUUUUUUAACAACUGUGGUCUGGACUUCUCUUGGUCUGGAGAUCAGUUUACGAGUAAUUGUGAAGAAAUCCCAUUGGAACGGUUGGGCGGCGCGUGAGUACAUUCUUCUCUUUUCCGCAUACAGCUCACUCGUACACGCCAACUGA